AUGGAACAGCCGAAUGUUUGGGAAUGGCGCUGCCAACAGGCGCAGCAACGAUGCCAGGACAGAAUCGGGGAGCUAACAGAACUAAACAAGCGGCUCCAGGAUUUCCCACCGGAAUUGACAGAAGCGAAUAAUCUGAAGAAGCGAAAUCAAGCCAACGUUCAGAAGACGUUGAUCGAGGUUGAGUCUGUCUCCGUGUCUCCCGAGACGAGUGAGAGUCUCAUCUUGAAUCAGAAAAACGCGGAUCUACGUAAAGUUUGGAAGCAAACCGAAAAAUACUUGAUUCAAGUAAUACGGGCGCGCGAUGCCGAGUCUUCAAUAAAAGACUACAUUUUCGACGCUGUCAAUGAACAUCGCUGCAAGUUCGACCACAUAGCGCGUAAAAUCGGCCGCGAUGCAAUUGAAACAGAGCGCUUGCGCGAAAAGAAUAUCGAAGCUUGCGCAUCAGCCGAAAAGCUCUAUAAAGAGUGGAUUUACAAAGCAGUCGACAGAGCUAGGUUCUUGCCGCUUCUGGAACCGAUGUGCUCAAAGCUCGAAAGGGAGUGGAACGAACUCAUUCAGGGACUUAAUGAGCGAAACAAGAUCUUGAAAGAAGCGUCCUCCUUCUGGGAAGGAAGGGACAACUUUCAGUGGCAGUGCGACGCUUGGAUUCGACACAUGCAGGACCUUUUGGACGCGUGCCACCGUAGAACAGGCUUCGAGACGACAACGGACUACGAGACGCUGGCAAUCAAUGCGGAAGAAUUCUGCACAAUGUGCCAUCAACUCCAUAAAUCAGUGGCGUCGAGCGGCAAAAAACUAUUGGCAUUUCUUCAAGACACUACAGACGAUGACAAGCGUAUUAAGCUGGAUAUGUCAUCUUCGGUGGAGAUUAUUUGCGAGGCUUUGGAUGAGCUACUAAGCCUGAGGGACAGAGUACGCGAUUGCGCUGAAACCUCGCGCAAGAUCGCCGCCUUUUACCUAGACGCGGAGAAAGUAUCUAAGUGGAUCAACAAGCUCGGACGUCCAUUUCUCGACAAAUCCACUUCCAUUGGGAAAAGCCAGGAACGAGCGACGAAGCUUUUGGAAAGGCAUGCAGAGUUCGAGCGCGUCUGCCAAAACACUUAUUCAAACGUCGAAAAGCUGCUCAGUACUGGACAUUCUCUAACCACUCAAUUCGAGCAGUACCAUUCGUUCAUCGGAAACAAGUGCCAAACAUUAAAAGAUCUGACGGACGCUUUUCAAAAUGAGGUACGAGCGCGACGCGAGCUAUUGGAAGCUGCCGUAUCGUUUUACACAAAAGUGAAAGAGAUUUGGAAAAUUUUCGAUGAGUUGCGUGUUCAACGCGAUGGUCAAGGCGAUGUCCAGCAGUUCGAGCGCAAUCGAAGCGAAGUUAAAGUGGCGAUGAAGAUAACCGUCUCGGAAGGGGCGUAUUUAGUAGCUCGGCUGAAAAGAUCUGAUCCCUACGCAGAACAGCACAUUCUGGACAUCGUUCAUUCGAUCGAGAAAGGGCAAGGUCAGCUGAACUCUCAGCUAGCGUCGGACCAAGCGCGGCUUGAAGCUGCGAAGGCACGCGUUGAAUGGGAGAAAGAAGUGGACGAACAGUGCGAAAAGCUUCAAAAGUGGCGAUUGAACUACAACAAGAGUGCUAACCGAGAAACUCAAAGAAGUGGUUCCGACUUCGGCCAUCUUAUACAGGAACUAAACGCGUUCAAAAUCAAGGAGCAAGGAAAGUGCUUCGACCUUGGCCGCGCUGGUCGCGACUUGUUGAUGAUUAGAGACGAAAAUAUAGACAAAACAGAAGAGUACUUACAGAAAUUAAACAAAGAACAGCGACUUUUCGAACAACUGGUUGAAGAAACCCAAAACUUUUUGGAGCAUCAAGGCCAAAUGGAAGAAGCGCUAAACAACGCUGCCUGGACUCUUGGCUGGCUCAAGAAGGCGCAGCAUCUGUUCGAAGGAGCACCUUGCAAAGUAGAUUCGCUGGAAUCUGCCGAGUUCACCCAGCAAGAAUUCAAGCAAUACGGCUCAGUAAUGGAUCGUACUGAGCAAGUUAUGCAAGACUUUGAGAUGAUCCAACAAACGAACAAACCCGACGCUGACGAAGUAAUCACGCGGAGACAGGAAGUUAACGCCGUUUGGUCUGGCUUACAGCUCAUGGUUGAGGAUCGAAAGUUGUUAAUCAAGAAGGCAAUAAAGUUUUACACUACUUAUGACGACGUAUUCCAAGCGCUUGAUAGUCUUAAAAAGGAAUAUAGCGAUAAAAGUGGUGAGAUUUACGACCCAGAAAUUUCAGAUCAAAUGGAACUCUCGCAGCUGCAGAAGGCAAUAGAAAAGCAUGCAGCUCAACGGAAACUGCUUAACGAUGCUACUUCGAUGGGCCACAACUACGGAAACAGUUUCGUGAAGCUUAUACCAGAAGAAGCGAGAAGUACUAAAGACUUGGUGAUCGGUUUGCUGUCUAAUCUGAGACAAGCAGAUCAGGAAGUUCAUCGAGCAUGGUCCGCAAAGAAAAAAGUCCUCGAACAGUUACACAUUUUUCUGAUGUUCCAAAACUCCUGCAGAUGCGCCCUGAAUGAGAUGCAGAGGAACAUGCAACUAAAUCCUGCCCAAGUUACCGCUAAUUUGCCAAAGUUAAACCGUGCCAUCCAGAAAAUAUUUGAAAUAAGUGAAAUCAACGAUACGAACGCGCACAAGAGCAAGAUCAAAGCCUGGCUGCAUAAAAUCAAGCAAAAACAUAUCGAUGUGCAUAGUUAUGCCGGAGUGAAGCUGGAGAACCCGCCCUAUAAUCUCGAGUCUCUAGAACUUCCCAAUAACCAAAACAACAUAAACGGGAAAGCGUCAAAGAAUAAGAAAGGGGACACAAAGAGACAGAGCUUGUUGCAAGCAGAAUUACUCAAAACAGAAGCUGAGUGUAUUUCUAUUCUCAAAUUGUGUCUAACAAUUUAUCUUCCCGCUGCGAAGGAAAAAAUAGCUCCUCCCCCGAUUCGUGAAAAUGUCGAUGCAAUUUUCGGGAACAUUCGGGAGCUCUUGGCCUUCCACGAAGACUUUUACUCCCAGCUACAGAUAGCCCUUGAAGUUGACGAUAUAGCGCACUGCUUUGUUAUUAAUGCGGAUCGACUUUGUCAACUAUAUGUCGAGUACUGCAAGGGAAGAGAAAGAUCGACAGAAAUAAUUGCGAACGAGUCCGAAGGCUAUUUUGCUGGUGUCCAUCAAAAGAAAAACGCUCCCCAGCCACUGAAUUCGUGUCUAAUCUGGCCUGUUCAACGCAUACCCAAGUACACAAUGCUGCUCAGAGAGCUUCAGCAGUGUUCGAUUGGAAGUGCACACUCAAAGAGUAAACUACAGGAAGCCCUGAAAAUGGUCGAGGACAUUCCCAGGAAAGCUAAUGACGCUAUUCACCUGGCGAUGCUCCAGCACUCCAGCGUUCCGCGAUCAGAGCUCAUUCUUCAAGGACAAGUCGUACUCAAGAACGAGAAAAUUCUGCCAAUGCAGAAGAAUAGAGAACGCCACUGUUUCCUCUUCGAAACUGCCGCUAUCAUCUGCAAGAAAGCAGAAAGUACGAAGGAAUACAUUCCUAAGUACUCGAUUUCGACGCGAAAAAUGACAUGGGAGCUAUCUGACGGUACGAUAACGAUAAACGGCAGUGGCAAUCGUGCCGUUUUCAAACCAAUUCUCAAACCCGACGCAGAAGAGUGGGCCUUGCGCCUCAAACAAGUGUGCUCGUCUGUCUUGACCAGAGAACCCAGCGAAGAAGCCUCACCCAAAAAAGCGAAUGUAUCUAACGUCUCCACGAGUUCUGUACCGCCACCAAUGAAUCUUUUCCGAUCACUACCACGACCUCUCAAGAACAAGAAUUCUAUCUCUGACGAUUUCAGCCUCUCGAAGAACAGCCUCGAAAUUUGA